ACACCUUGAUGAUUUGAUAUAGUAGACUUCAAAUUAAUUUAGCCUCAGGACGAUUCUUUUAUACACAACCCCGUUUUAAUUGGGAGAAAGGAAUAGUCUUAAAGCAUAAAUAUCCCCAGUGGAGAUACAUAAUGGUCGCGUGAAGAGGAAUCCAGUCUUCAUUAAACAGCCUGGUGCAGGGGGGCUGCCUCAGGGUAAACGCUCGCGCGCAAAAUGCCAAGUAAGCAGAAUUGUUGGGAAAUCCACUCAUUUUCGAGCGUCCGCGCUUGUGCCGCACGCAGGCGCCAGUUUAAUCGCGCUUUUCUCUGAAUAAGCUCGAACAAGAUAAGUUUGGAACCCAAGCGGCCGCUCAAAUUUCCCUCGGGGGGUAAUUAUGCAGCGCGCGGAGGUGACGUCCUAUUACUUUGGUCCCAAACACGAACAAAUGCCACGGGAGUGACAGUCGGGCGAUAGUCGGGAGAGCAUCGGACGUCCAAACCGGCGACCUGGAGUGAUAAAGAGGUCUUUGGGAUGCGAGGCAAAGGAAGGGAUGCUCUGCAGCGGUUGCUCAGUCACUGGAUCGUGAAAGAGGACGGAACAAUGAGCCUGUAUGGUUAAGACUGGAUAUUUCUGAAGAAGAAGAACAACGCGUCGCACUACUGCUGUAAGCUGAACGUUGCGGGAUUUUGCUCACUGCUUCAAAAGGAAUUCGUUGCAGUUGUUCAACGUGGAUCCACUGCACCAUUCAGGUAUUUAAGGUAUGGGAUAUGGACCACACUGCAGCGGCAAAAUGAGAAGUCUGUGGGUUGGUGUUUUGUGCAUGACUUUGACCUGCCAUCUGAGCCUCUCCCAGUCAACUACAGGGACCCCUAAAGAGUCAGAGCUCAAUGAUAACAUCACAGUAUUCACACGAAUCCUUGACGGAUUGCUGGAUGGCUAUGAUAACAGACUUCGACCUGGGCUUGGAGAGAAAGUGACAGAAAUCAAGACCAACAUCUUUGUCACCAGCUUUGGACCAGUGUCAGAUACUGAGAUGGAAUACACCAUUGAUGUGUUUUUCCGUCAAAGCUGGAAAGAUGAGCGUUUGUGUUUCAAGGGUCCAAUGGAGAUGCUACCUCUGAAUAACCUGCUGGCCAGCAACAUCUGGACACCCGACACCUUUUUCCUCAACGGCAAAAAAUCCAUUGCUCACAACAUGACAACACCCAACAAGCUUCUGAGACUGAAGGAUGAUGGGACAUUACUGUACACCAUGAGAUUGACCAUAUCAGCAGAGUGUCCAAUGCAGUUGGAGGAUUUCCCUAUGGAUGCCCAUGCCUGCCCGCUCAAAUUCGGCAGCUAUGCCUACCCUAUCUCGGAGGUGGUGUAUAAAUGGACGAAAGGCCCUGGGAAGUCUGUGGUAGUGGCAGAGGAAGGGUCACGCCUCAACCAAUACCAUCUAAUUGGCCACACAGCUGGUACGGAAGACAUCAGCACAAGUAGAGGUCAAUACACUGUUAUGAUGGCCCACUUCUACCUGAAGAGGAAGAUUGGUUACUUUGUGAUUCAGACCUACAUGCCGUGCUUCAUGACUGUCAUUCUGUCCCAAGUCUCAUUCUGGCUCAACCGUGAAUCCGUCCCAGCCAGAACCGUCUUUGGUGUGACCACAGUGUUGACCAUGACCACCCUUAGCAUCAGCGCCCGUAACUCUUUACCUAAAGUGGCGUAUGCUACCGCCAUGGACUGGUUCAUCGCUGUCUGCUAUGCCUUUGUGUUCUCUGCGCUUAUUGAGUUCGCCACUGUCAACUACUUCACCAAACGCAGCUGGGCUUGGGAUGGAAAGAAGGCCCUAGAAGCACAGCAGCCUAAAAAAAAAGACCCAUUGGCGCUUUCCAAAAAGCCAAACAACUUCACCGCCAACAUCAACAAGGAUGCGGCUAUAUCCACCAUCUCCAACAGCACCACCGUCCAGCUGAAGAGCGCCGAGGCCAAGCCCGCACCGGACCCUAAAAAGACCUACAACAGCGUCAGCAAAAUUGACAAGAUGUCCCGGAUAGUGUUUCCGGUUCUCUUUGGCACUUUCAAUUUGGUUUACUGGGCCACAUACCUCAACAGGGAACCAGUGAUUAAAGGAGCCGUUUAGCCUCCACAAGAUACAACAACCUCUUUUUCUUCUCCACUUCAGUAUUCAACGACAAGCUGAACCUGCAAAAAACAAUGCCGAGCACUUAUUUACUGCACCUCUCACUUCGCUAAUCUAUAAGAGGAGUGCUCUUGUUGCAUUUCCCUCCUGAUAUCAUAAAUUGCAUGAUAGAUUCAAAGCUCUAUGGGAAUAUAAUUGCCAUAUCUGCCUUGACUUUCUACUUUAUAUUUCCCUGGUUUCCACUGGUUAUUGCAUUCGUCUUACAAUGAAUUGAGCACCACACAAGCUGCAGUUUCAUUCAGGAAAACUUUCCAAAGGACAUGAACAAAAGUGAAUGCAUUUGGCAUCAACAUUUAUCACAGAAUGAAAACAAAUCACGAAAAGAAGUACAGCAAAGCCAAAUGCUAUGCAAAAAUCGUUUUCUACCAUGUUGUAAUGGGUACUUGCUUAUAUAAUGAAACCCCUGCUUUGUAAUAAUGGACUUGAGGCUUCUCUUCUCUAAGUUUAAUAGCUUUAGCAUCAGUGGUGUGAGGCAGACAGAUGCUAAAUUUUUAGCCAUGCUAAAAUGUUGCCUUCAAAGGGAUUACUUCAUAUGAGUGCUCGGGAAUGUCCCGCAAUUACUGAUUUCUCUGUCAUUUGUCAUUUUUUUCUAAGCUUUUUUGAACUAGCUAAAUAGAAUUGUGCACCUUAGGCAGCUUUUCACACAUUAAACUGAGACAUUGUGCAAGGUGAACAAGGUCGGGUUGCAGCUAAGACUUUCAAAUUAUUUGUACAUAGCUUGUGUAUGCUUUGCUUUUAAUGUACAGUAGAUGCGGCUUAACGUUAGUAAGGAAGAGCUGAAAAUGGAACAGCCAGAGUGACAUGAAAACG